UGUUUAUAUGGCGUUGUCUAGUUUGCAUUCAAUAUUGAAUUCAUUAUUCAAUCAUUUCUUGUAUUUGAAACAUUUCAUAUAUUUUUUUAAAUUAUUAACUUUUAAGUUCACCAUAAAAGUUGAUAAGAAAUGUCAAGUUCGCGCCAAAUCUACACGUACCCGGAAGGAGAUGUGUACGAAGGUGAUUGGUCGCACGAAGGAAAGAAGCAUGGUAUUGGUCAAUUAAAGCUGCUUGAUGGAUCUGUUUACGAAGGACGAUUUCAACAUGGUUUAUUUAACGGCGUCGGUACCUUUAAAUUCGCUGAUGGCUCAUUCUACCAAGGAGAAUUCAGUAAUGGUCUCUACAACGGUCAUGGAAUUUACGUACGAUGCGAUGGAAUGAUGUUUGAAGGGGCAUUCAGAAACGGCCGUCCUGAUGGUCCGGGUUUAAUCACUUUUGCAGAUGGUAGCCAUGGAAACCCUAAACAAGAAGGAUAUUUUGAGGGAACGCGGAUAACAAAACGCGAAAGUGCAGGACCUGCACUCAAAAAAGCACGAUUGUGCGCAGAAAGAGCAAAGAAAACAACACUUUAUGAUAAUGCCUUAUAGAAUAUAGUUGAAAAGGCUUAACUGAAAAUAACU